AUGAAUGAAAUUGUGAAUCCAAAAUGCUUACCUACAGAGCAAGAGAAGGAUACGGAGAAAGCUGAUGAGGACGACAGUACUGUAGAAGUAAGAGUGGAGAAACCCGACGCUUUUUUACUAGCACUCAAUGCU